AUGCUCCAGCCAUGCCAGACGCUCACCCCUUCGCCACCGUCACAGGCACUACACGCGUCACACGCGUCCCACGCGUCACGCGCAUCGCACCGCUCACAGCGCGGGGCGGGGCUGCGCCGGCCUGCAGUCGUCACGUUGGUCUGGGGAGCCGUGCUGAUCCAGCGGAUCCGGCGCAUCCGGCGCAUCCGUGUCCGGAAGCAGGCGCUCCCGUGGCCAGAGGAGAGCAGCCCAAUCUUGACGGAGAUGCAAGAGAGAGCGAUUUCUGCUGCAUUGGGCCGUGACUUCAACUUCAGGGGGCUCACAAAGGAGGAGUCGCUGGAGCAACGGCAGCGGCUGAGAGACACGGCCGAUGCAACGCUUACAGGGGGCAUGCUCCACUCUCUCAGAAGAGAGGUGCAGAUCAAGGCGGCAUGGAGAUUUAACCACCGCCUGAAAGACGACAAUUGGAAUACCUGGGCCAAUAAGGAGCAACAGAAGGCCACGUCCAGAGAUUGCCUGGCUUUGCCUGUGCUCUCGCGUGGGCUUUGCUUGCCGCCGUCGCUGAUAGUCAAGCACAUGUUGAUGGCGACGGAGCUGCAGGGCCGAUCGCCCUUCCAGCUCUUCCGGGUGCUGGAGGGUGCAAUGCUGAAGGGCCGGCGCCUCACCAAGGACUCGGAAGCCUGGCGAGCAGAGGUGGAAGAACUCAUUGAUCACAAGCUGAAGCGGCCACUGAAGCCCUGGGUCUUGCGAGAGCUGGUUUGGGCACUGGAGAAUGAUGGGGAGGCGCUUCAGGUGACCAACCGUGCCUGCGCUCAAGCCUUCGAAGACGCGGUGGCCGAGCACUGCCGCGGACACGGCCUGGAGCUGCGCACAGAGCAGCAGCUCCGCAGCGAGGGAAGUGAAGCGACUCCAGAUGUUCUAUUCGCAGAACCUGUGAGGGUGAAGGGCAAGAACCUCACCUGGCUGGAGUGCAAAUGCUUCCACGCCAGCUCGCAGAAUCGCAUGAUCCUGCGAAAGCUGAAGAAGCAGGCCAAGCGGUACACGCAGGCAGCCCUGAUGUCAGCUGCAGCUUUGCCGCUUGCUCAUGAGCGGGCGAAUUUCAAGGCCAACAUCGAGGCGCCCGAGGACAAGCCACUGCUGAGCAAGACGCCGCCGGCGAGCUUGGCAACCAAGGCUUUCUGGAGUGUGGCCUUGAUUUUCGUUUCUGCGGCGCUGAUCAAUUACAACAAGUUCCUCAUGAAUCCUUCGAGGUUUCCAUACCCAGUGGUGCUGGUCUUCCUACAUAUGCUUUCUGGCUCGUUGCUGGGCUGCGCCCUCUUCUUGGCGAAGCCCAGCCUUUUCCCAGCGCUCAGCGACCCAGACAAGAAGGUUAUAAUCGACACUGAGUUCAUGACCUUCCGCGUGCUUCCUGUGGGCUUGACCUUUGCGACCUCGCUAAUUCUCAGCAACACUGCAUACAAGUACGCUAGCGUGGCUUUCCUUCAGAUGAUCAAGCAAAGCAACGUGAUCAUUGUCUUCAUCUUUUCUCUUAUGAUUGGCCUGGAGAAGUACCGGACAAACCUGGUGGUGGUGCUGCUGUGCAUCAUGCUGGCAACUGGCCUGACGGUGCAGGGCGAGCUUCACUUCUCCAUGUUGGGGCUCUCUGUGCAGCUGUGCUGCAACUUCGUGGAGUCUGCGAAGGUGGUAAUGCAAGGUGUUCUCCUCGCAGGUGCCGGGCGAAAGCUGGACCCCUUGUCCUUCGUUGCCGUGGUAUCUCCUGUCUGCUGCCUAUGUUUGGGAGGCCUUCUCUUCGUCCACAGCUAUGUGACCCCAAUUAGCUUCUUGACGCUGCCUGAGUGGAGUGCAUUUCAUCAAUGCGGCUACCUUUUGGCAGGUAACAUCGUAGUAGCCUUCCUGCUCAAUGUGGUUGUGGCCAACUUCCUGAAACAUGGCUCGCCACUGUCCUUCCUGUUGACGAACUUGAUCAAGGAUGCACUCAUUGUUUCUGCCAGCAGCCUCAUCUUUGGAGACCCCAUUACUCUGCAACAAAGCAUUGCGUUUAUACUGCAGCUAUUCUUCAUUACGCUCUGGUCCUUGAUGAAAUCCUUCCCAGACGUGAUUGAGCAGCAGGGGUUGGUCAAGGGAGUCACCAGUGCCACGGCAGAGACGGUUGAUCUGGAAAACCUCUAUCGACCAGAGGGUGCGCUUUCUUCGUUUGGUUUCAGGAUGCCAGAGCUUUGCGAGCUUGAGACGCCUUUCCAGACCAAGAACCUGUCGUACAUUGUAGAGUUCACAAACCCCACCAGCAUGUUUGACCAGCAGUUCGCAUGCGCGGAGCAGGGGAUUCUGCAGAACUACAUUUGGAUGUCAUUGCUCUGUUUGCUGCUGGGUCCAACCUUCUUCAGCGCACUGCGCACGCUGCAUCGCCGACAGGCCCACAACGAUGUAUCGGCGUUGUUCUUUACAUCUGCGGCCUUCUUUGGUGUGCGUGUUUGGCUGUUUACAGUGCACCUCCUGGUGUACUCACACAAUGGCAUGGGUCUUGGAAUGCUCCUGUUCGUAGCGCAGUUCCUGGACUUUCUCUCCACCACGAUGGCGAUGGCAACUCUGACACUUUUUGCAAUCAAAGCUUGA